UUGCCACGACGAGGCCCGUUUGAGCACCCUAAAUGGUCGUCCGGUAGUGGUGAGACAGCGAAAGAACUCACUGCGCCCAAUGGGACGGAAAACACGGCAGCAAAUUCUGGUCUCAACCACGGCUCAUAUCCGAUUGCAUAUUCCACGUCAACACAUCACCAGCAGCAGCAGCAGCAGCAGCAGUCCCACAACACAACGGCCUCUGAGCACAAUAAAUCUGCUGAAAGUGUCAGUUCCGAGUGCCUGACCAGUGAUACCGACGGUGUGUCUAUCUACGACACGGCACCGGUCCAGUCGGAUCCGUCCAACUGUCGAACCAGGACUGGUUGUCUCAAUCUCCUGACAGACUCAGAUGAUGAUCCGAUAAAGCGAAUAGAAUACAACGCGGCCGAUCCGAUGUCCUACGCGUCAGAUUCCGGUGGGUUUGCGGACAGUCGCAAGGUGCAACGCAAUCGGACCGCAUUCACAAGUGAACAGAUUGAAAUCCUUGAAAAAGAAUUCGAGAAAUCGCAUUAUCCGGAUCUUUUGUCUCGUGAACAAUUGGCGGACAGUAUGAUGCUUCCGGAAUCGCGAAUCCAAGUGUGGUUCUCAAACAGACGAGCCAAAUGGAGACGGGAGAGUAAAGAGUCCGGGACGGACGGACGACGAAGUUGUCCCUCACCAAAUUCCGUCAAAUCCGGCACGAACCCCAUGUCCGGCUCGGACAGUGCACUCAAACCGUCCAGAUCUCCAACUCCGGUAAACGGAACCCCAGGUGUGAACUCUCUCCAAUUUGAAUGGAGCAGUUCGAAUCCGUCCAACGCAAAUCUGUCCCUACUUGAUGAGGAUAAAAGCACCAUGCCAACGACUGACUGGCCUCACUCAUCCGAACGUUGGAAAGAUGAACAGAACACAAUACUCAACGCGUAUCCGAGCAAUCCGGUGAAUCAAGUACUACACAAUCUACGGGACAUGGUAGACAACUUUGAGGUACACUCGGAAACAAAAGUAGCCUCAGCUCCGGCUCCGGCCGCGGCGACCAACACCGACCGGUCAUUGUCCCCGUCCAAUGGUAGACUUGUUCCGGAAGCAGCCACUGGCGCUCCACUGUCCGCAUUCUCUAGUGCUAUAUCGAUUACACCGUUUGGGGACAAUCAUAAUAAGAUGGGUCAUACAGCACCGGACAAAUCCUCAGAAAAUGAUCUGACCACAUUGGUUUCGCCAGCGGAGAAGUGCGGUCUAACGGGCAGUGUAACUCAUUCCUCAGUGUACGCCGGACAUCCACUGGAGCCGACCUUUGAUCUUUUGCGAUCAAGAUAUGCACCGAAUCAGAGUAUGACUGAUACAGGUGGUACUUUGACCAUAGAGGACUCCUAUUUGUCCGAGAACUGGCGUAAUCCAGCUCGCUCCGUCAUGGAUCUUGAAUAUGGCCUGGAACAUCUGGGUCCAUCCACUCAUUGGCCAAUGCCGUAUCCACAACAAAGCACUUUGUCUACAGAUUCGGGAAUCGGAUCCCCGCCCUUGGGAGGAGUGACCAAUGUUGCUGAUCAGGCGCACAGUUUCUCACCAGCCGCAGCUGCGGCAGCAGCAGUUGCAGCUGUUGCUGCCUGGGGCACAAGUUCAGCCUAUUCUUCUGUGCCAGUCUCCGUGUCGAAGGCACAACCAUCUACAACCACACACAUUUCACCGAAUUCCCUGUUCGCCGGUGCUGAACAUCAGCAUCAGAGCAUCUCACAUUCCACCCUGACCCAAUCAUCAUCACCACAGAUGCAACAUCCUUCUAAUCUGGGCAACUUUGGAUUUAACUCCAUUAUGUCGUCCAAUGGUAUGAACACAUUUACCCCUGGAGUAGUGUCCAUUUCACAUGGGAGUUUUGACUUGGGUGAUCUCAUUGAUGGCCAACGUCCGAAUUCCGAAGCUGUGGCCACCGCAUUGUCAUCCCCGUCGUCGGCAUCCCUGUCUUCGACAGCAACAGCAGCCGCCGCCGCUGCAGCAGCAGCGCUGGUUUCUUGUUCCAACUCUUCAUCGGCCUACUACGAUUUCCCGCGUUACUUUCGGUAA